AUGGGGGCCUAUCCAGGUGGUUUGAUAUACCUGAACGCAACGCUGCCUUCUCGUUCCGCUCACUGGUACUCUGUCAUGGCCCAUGAGGGUCCUUCGAGCGGGUUUGCGCCAUAUGUAGACCACCCGGAAGAAUACCAAGUCUUUCUAUCAGCAAAAGCAAAUAAAUCAGAAUCCAUCCAAGUGGCCAUCGAUUCUGCCGCCGGGUUGAACCACAAUGCGGCCCAAGAACGUCAUGGCUACUGGGUGUCGUCUAUGCCACGGGUGGUCUAUGUUCCUCCUGGGAUCUACACGUUUGAAAAUCCCCUGGUCAUGAACACGGAUACCAUUCUCAUGGGUGACGCUCGUGAUCCUCCCGUCAUCCGUGCGGCUCCCAACUUUGCACACGAUGUGCUUCUUAAUGGUGGCUAA